AUGAGUUGCAGUAAAAAUCAGGAUAAAAACGAUAAAAAUGCCAUUAAAACUUGUGUUAUCGAUGGUUGCGGGGCAAACUCGAAAACGAGUCCAUAUCUUUUCUUUUUGAAAGUACCGCAAAACCCCGAACGGAGGAUCGAUUGGUGCGAUGCUAUGGGAGUAGCAGUUCAGAAGGGCAGAGUCUACUGCUGUACUCGGCAUUUCGAUAUCCCCGGAGACUUUGAUGGCGACGCACCUUCAGAUAAAUCAAGUGGUAUCCGGUUGAAGCUAAAAAGCCAUGUCUUGCCUCAUAAGGAUAUAUCGAUUCAAUAUGAAACCAGGAAUAUUUAUCAGCUGUUUGAAAUUAUGAAAACCACGAAAAAAAUCGAAAAACCAAACAGAUAUUUGCUACCGGCGAUUGAACAAGAUCUCAAUAUCAAAGUUCCUUUGAAUAUUAAACCUGCAACUAUGAAUGAAACAUACGAUUACGUUAUCGCUAAAAUCAAGGAUUAUUUCAAAUCGGACCUUCCUAAGUCAAAAUAUCAGUUAGUGCAGAUGUUGAAGGGCCACAGAGAUAAAAUUGCGGAAAUGGUCAAUAAGAAAAAUAUGAAGGGUGCUCUGCAUGGUACAGUAUUGCUGAAAACGGUUCAACCAUUUCUUCAGUACGAAGCGAAUGGAAAUUUGGAUUUACCAAUCGGGCACAAAGAGCUAGAACAGUUAUAUUUCGAGUUGGAAUCCAAUCAAAUAAAAGCUUUCUUCCGUCCACCUAAAAAUGUAACAUAUAACAGUGAUGCUGAUGGUAACUUUAAAGAUCUAUUUUUCUUACCUGGAAUACGCGUAAAUUUGUCCCUUCCCUUCUUGGAGUUGGUUAGAGAAGUGGCAUUGAAUUCUGAAAAGUACAUCGUGAAUGUUAAAAGCAUCCCCAAAGCUUCUGAAGGAAAACCGAAUGGUUUGGAGUGGUUCCAGAAAGUGGAUAAACCUUACAGGUUGAAAUCUUCUAAGGUUGGUCAAUAUGUCACGUUGGAGUAUGUAGACAUCCUGAUAAAUCUUUUCGAGACAUUUGAAUUCAUGAUGAGUCAACGUCAAAGAUCCACUUUGAUAUUUCUUUUGCAGCAAACAAGAAAGGAUUUGUCAGAAUAUGAAAUGAAGGAACUUCAAAUCACCUACAGUUGCUUUUUGUCUAACUACAAGUACUAUCGAAUCAUAAACGAAGACAUCGCACAAGAAAUUGGAGAUGAGGAAUUUUACAUGUUUGUGAAGGAAGUAAUCAAUCCUGAAUUGAAUUUUCAGUUCAUAAACGCAAUCGAUAGCAAUGUAGCGAGCAUCGACAAAAUUGAUCAAUACUUUCGACCAAUCCUUGGUUACAUAAAUGAGGAAGCUGGGUUUACUGACGGAGAACCGUACCUGACUUUCGCUGAUCAAUUGAAGAAGGCAAUUAGUUACACGUGUCAGGAGUGUAACAUAACCUUUGAGUCACCACUUGCUCAUCUCACCGUCAAAGAACAUCGAUUUUGCGGUACCAAAAAGUGGAAAUGUGUUCACUGUAAUGCGGCGUUUUUAGAAACAAAGCUUGCUACUGAUAUGUGGGCUCACAAGUGUCCCUAUACGUUUUUAUAUAUCAUCCCGGUCCCACCACUGAGUUCCCGUGCCAACAGCUGCCCUUCCCAUUUGCACUCACAGCUUGGAUGUACCUUCGUGAAGGUCAACAACCUCGAACUUGCCAAAAAGAUCGUGGGGAAACACGAUAGCAAGCACGAGUUCGUGUUUGAUGGCAAGUCCUACAAACUACGGAUUACGAUGGAGGACGAUGCGGUGGAGAUAAAGUUGCUCGAACUACCCGAAAGCAUCACCAACGACCCGGUCGCAGUUUUCCUCGCCGACUACGGAGAAGUUAUUAGUGUUCGUGACCUAAUGUGCGAUGACCGAUACAGUGAAUUUGGUGGUGUUAAUACCGGUGUUCGUGUUGCUCGAAUGGUAGUAACGAAGAACAUUCCUUCACUCGUGAUAAUCCAGGGCGAAGAAACUGCGGUUGGAUACAAAUAA